AGUCGGGGCGGGGCGGAGGUUUGUCUUGUGACCGCGGGCUGCCGCUGCUUCUUUCUCGAGCUUGGAACUUCGUUAGCCGCGAUGCGUUUCCUGGCCGCUACAUUCCUGCUCCUGGCGCUCAGCACCGCUGCCCAGGCCGAACCGGUGCAGUUCAAGGACUGCGGUUCUGUGGAUGGAGUUAUAAAGGAAGUGAAUGUGAGCCCAUGCCCCACCCAGCCCUGCCAACUGAGCAAAGGACAGUCUUACAGCGUCAAUGUCACCUUCACCAGCAAUAUUCAGUCUAAAAGCAGCAAGGCCGUGGUGCAUGGCAUCCUGAUGGGCGUCCCAGUUCCCUUUCCCAUUCCUGAGCCUGAUGGUUGUAAGAGUGGAAUUAACUGCCCCAUCCAAAAAGACAAGACCUAUAGCUACCUGAAUAAACUACCAGUGAAAAGCGAAUAUCCCUCUAUAAAACUGGUGGUGGAGUGGCAACUUCAGGAUGACAAAAACCAAAGCCUCUUCUGCUGGGAAAUCCCAGUACAGAUCGUGUUCCCCUGCCUGUUCUCUGCUCUCUGCCCAAUGCUAGCCACAGAGCACAGGUGUUUGCAGUGGCAAAUGGAGACUAAGAGCCUGAGAUUCUGGAGCGGACGUGGCAUGUCAGUGCGGCUCCCCUCACCUGCAGGGGCUUGGAGAAGGACGGCUCCCUUCUAGCAGGCCCUCCUCCACAAAUCAUAUGUCCCAGAUAAGCAGCCAGCAGGCAGAAAGAUCAACUUAGCUCUGACUUCCAGUGGGUAAGGCCAAGAAGGAGCCUGGCAGACAAAUGGAUGGCUGCUGGCCUUGAACAUGGCAGAGCUGCUGGGUGUGCCAGAUCAAAAAGCAGAGAGCAGGCCAGCAGCAGCAGACUGUUCUCAGCGCUGGAGAAAUGCAUUGCUCUGCCCACUACACCCUCAACCACCCAUAUGCCUCUGCCACAAAGGGGGAGUACUGCAAAUGGAUCAACAUAGGAAAGAUGAGGUUUGAUGGAGAUUCUCAGUGUACGCACACAAUGGUUGUAAGAUUCUUUUCUGUUUUGCAAUCAAAGUAACUCUCACAUUAGUGUUUAGUGGUAAGAUGAUUUUUUUACUAAAACAAAGAGAAAACAUCCCAGAAGCUCUUCCAUUAACCACUGUUAAUGUGUAAUGUACGAAUUGAAGGGAUUGGACUAAUCACUAAAGCCUCUGUCAGGACUAACAGCUUAUGAUGCAUUGAGACGCUGAAAGGAAGUUGAAGAACCACUGGCAAAUGGACACAGACGAAUCGCUUUCUAGUUACUCAUAUUGUGAGGGCGGGGAAAAUCUCCAAACUCCAGAGAGGCUUAGGAUGGAGACUAAGGCCAAGACAUUUGCUUUAGAGACCAUUUCAGAUAUGUUUGGCCCAGGAGACUUUCACUUGGUUCUCCAGAAUUCUGAGAUGUGUGAUGCUGAUUUUUUUUCUCCUAGUCUUGCCUUUUUCCUGCCUGGAAUUGUUAGUCUCAGACCCUCCCAGGAGCUUCAGAGUCUAAGAGCCUGACACCAGAGAAAGAGAGAGAGAGAUGCCACUAGAACUUGGACUGCUCCACAGGACAAUUGAGCACUGCCCCAGAAUCUGUGGGGAGGUUUUCACUUUUGGAAGCAGUAGUUGUUUACAGAUUUCUGUAACAUUUAAAAUGUUAAAUACAAGCUGAGUUUAUAUCUCACCUCCAACUUUUUCCAGCUGCUUGACUUUGGAUGAGUUCCUUAACCUCCUAGGGCCUUAAUUUCCUCAGCUGUAAAAUAGGAUGAUAAGAAUAUACCCACCUCAGGUGGUUCUAAUGAUGACAUAAGGUGGGGGAUGCAAAGUGCUCAGUGCAGUACCUGAUGCAUAAUAAGUAUCUGAGAAAGGUCGUUAGUAUUAUUAUUAUCAUCCUAGAUAAAAAAGGAAGGUUGCAGCCAUGGAAACUGCUCAGUGGCCUAGAAUCAUAGGCAUUUACCAUGCAUUUGUCUUCCAAAUUUAAUUCCAGGUGCCUUUCAAGACUGAUGGCCUCUCUGAUGCCACCCUCUGGUUUGCCUUCAUUAAGCCAGAUUCUAACCCUCUCUUUUUAAGACACUUAACCACAUUCUUUUUCAUGUAUGAUUUUUAUGUGUCCGCUUACCUUCCUACUAGACUGUAAACAUCUUGAGAAUAGAGACUACCCUUUCAUCUUUCAAUAAAUGCCUAGAA